GGCACUGUUGCAUUCAUAUUCACAGGCAUCGAGGCAGCCAGCGAUGCGUACUUGGUCAACUGUCCGGCUUUCUACCCACUGAAUGAGAUUUUUUCUCCUUCUUUGGAAGACCCGGGACCAAGAGAAGGGGCCUGUUUAGACUCGCAGGUUUUCUGGAGCUCUAGACGGGUCGCCUGUUCGCGAAGCUCGCUCCUCUGGGUCAUCUUCUUUCUUUGCAUUCUGUUGCUUCUUCGGACCAACAAAUUUCGCGCUCUUGGUCAGCUGUCCGGCUUUCUACCCACUGAACGAGGUUGACUCCUUCUUUGGAAGAACCGGGACCUAGAGAAAGGGCCUAGUUGGACUCGCAGGUUUUCUGGAGCUCCAAAUAGGCUGCUUGUCUGCGAAAUUUGCUCUGUCUGUUGUUUGUGACUCGUUCAUCUGGUACGUUGACUCCUGUCCUCCUGUUCACAUAGCAGAUCUCGACCUUGAGAGAACGAACAAUGUCGGCGACUCCCUCCUUCGACUUCAAUUUCAAGACGCCUGCCUGUAUAGAAUGGACUUUGGACAAUGCGACGGAAUAUCUGAUCGACCCGGAUCCGCAAAGAGAUAGCGUGAAGCUCGAAGCUUGUUUUUCUAGUCAAUCCUCAGUGGCAUCUUUUCAGCUGCAUUGUCCCAUCAGAGUGAAAGGCAUCGAAUCCUACUCGUGUAUUACAAGCCUAAUAAACAUCCGUUCCAUCGUCACUCUCAAGUUUGAUGAGAAUCCAGAAAUUCCAGACAUCGUGCGGAAGAAACUCAACUGCAAAGCAGUUUGCUUGCAUCUUGACCUAUGUCAACCUCUUGAUCUCAUCGCGCCGACUGCAGCGACAGAACCGAUACAGCCCAGAAAACGACCGUCUGGCCAAGUCAUCGAUGCGUUACGAUCGCUCGCCACGGCUACGGCCAUCAACAUCUAUAUCUCGGCAAGAGAAAUUUCUCUGCCCAGGCUGGCUGCCUUUUGUGAAGCUAUUUCUCAAAGUCGAUUACAUCCAAUCCAUACCGACACUUCAACUGGCCUAGCUUCAUUGUACGGCGGGGGAGGUGGGAAGAUCAUCACCCUCUCAGAAGCUUUUGCGUCAACAUCUCGGAGCGAAAACCCGCCAUCAUACGAUCAGCUAGAAAGUCUACCUCCUAAGACGGGAAUCUCGCUACUCAGCACAGACCAAUCUCCAUCAUCUGUAGCUACAAGUAGUAGGCGUAAUGAGAAGAAGAGGCGCCGGCUGGAUGAUUCAAGUACUUCUUCCGAAGCUGAUGACUACCACAGCAUGUGGAUUUUAAUGACCAAUAUGCGCAAAGAAAUGCUCAAGUUGACGAAGCGAGUUGAGCGACUUGAGAGAGAGAACAAAGAUCUGAAUGAUGAAUUAGACGACUUACGUGCCAGCUGUGAGAAGGCUACAGACGCUGCAGACGCUGAUGAAGCUGCCUUGCUUGAAGUACACGAGGAUAUCCACGACCUGCGAGUACAGGUCGAUUUUCUUGCCCAAGGCAGAUUGAAUAGCGAUGCUGAAGAGCACAUCAUUGAAACAGUCAAGGAAUCUGUACUCACACACAUCUUAGAGAGUGCAUAUAAUGCUAAGAUUGUUAUUGAGAAAGGAUAGUUCUUGUAUAUACGCUGCCGACAAGCAUUGAACCUUUAAUUGUUAAUAAAGCAUGAAUUUGCGAGGUUUUUCUCACUGAAGCUGACAAGCCCAUG